AUGAACAUGGAACUAACCAAGGAAGUGACAGAAGAAGAGAUCAAAAAUGCCUUCUUCACUAUGGAUUGCAAUAAGGCUCCUGGCUCCGAUGCUCAAGACAGGAGAAUAAGUGGAAUCAAGAUAAGUAGACAAGGCCCUUCAGUGACAUAUCUUUUCUUUGCUGAUGACUCGCUAAUCUUUUGCAAGGUUUCAUGUCAAGAGGCACAGGAGUUGACAAAAAUCCUGAAGAGAUACGAACAAGCUUUAGGACAAAUGAUAAAUCUUGACAAAUCCAGUGCCUUCUUCAACAAAAAUGUCAACCAGGAAACAAGGGAGGAAGUAUGCAGCAAGCUGGAAGGAAUUCAACAAGUAUCUCAAGGGAAAUACUUGGGACUCCCAAUGGUGAUCACCAAAACAAAGAAGCAAAUGUUCGGAUUCAUCAAGGACAACAUUGAACACAGAAUGCAAAGCUGGAAAUCCAAAUUGCUAAGCUCAGCUGAGAAAGAAAUCUUGAUCAAAGCAGUCUCAAUGGCUAUGCUUACUUACACUAUGUCUUGUUUCAAAUUGCCAUGCAGGUUAUGUAAAGAUAUCUGCUCUCUACUCUCAAAAUUCUGCUGGGGAGAGCAAGACAACAAGAACAAAAUACAUUGGGUGGCAUGGGAGAAGAUGACCAAGGAGAAGAAAAAAGGAGGCCUAGGCUUUAAGGAUUUUCAAAGCUUUAAUAGAGUCUUGUUAGCCAAACAGAUUUGGAGGAUCAUAAGAAAUCCAAACCUGUUAUCUAGCAAGGUGCUAAAGGCGAAGUAUUUUCCUAAGAGCUGUAUCCAGGAGUGCAUAGUUCCUAAGAAUGCAUCAUGGUUCUAG